AUGUUCAAUGCAAUCAAAAAGCAUGCACCUGUGCCAGCACGCACAAGCAAACCUAGCCAUGGACAAAUCACCGAUGGCUUCAUAACUUUCUCAGACGAGGACGAAAAGCGACACAACCGAGAGAUAAACCGAAAACUGGAUCUGAUUAUGCUCCCAUUUUUGUCCUUCUUAUAUCUCUUUAGCGGACUUGAUCGCGGAAAUAUUGGAAAUGCAGAAACGCAAGGCUUUACUAAUGAUAUUGGCGCUACUGCUGAUGAUUUGAAUCUGGCUGUCUCGUUGUUCUUUAUUCCGUUUGUGGUUUUUCAACCGUUGUCAUCUGCGGUGGGGAGGCAGAUCGGGGCUAAACACUGGAUACCUGUUAUCAUGAUAUGUUGGGGUAUCACUACUAUUGCUCAUGCGUUUAUCAAAGGCCGAGGCGCUUUAAUAACAGUGAGACUUCUCAUUGGCUUGUUUGAGGCUGGCUUUUUUCCAACAGUGUGCUUUUACCUCUCGACAUUCUACACACGUUUUGAUCUCGGUCUACGAUUGGCAUUAUUUUAUGGAAACUAUGCCAUUGCAGGUGCUUUCUCGGGCGCAUUGGCGUACGGGAUUUUCCAAAUCACAGGCGCUCUGAAAGGAUGGCAAUAUCUCUUCAUAAUCGAAGGCGCCAUCACUUGCACUGUCGGUAUCCUCGCCUGGUUCUGGCUACCUUCUGGGCCAGGCUCAGCGUGGUUUUUGACAAGCUCCCAACGACAGUUUGUGACGAUGAGAGUGCAGCGGGAUAAUGCGAAAUACAUCCGUCAUGAAAUCGGCAAAGACGGUAUAGAGCAUGUCUCGGACCGUCUUUCAAAAAGAGACAUUGUCGAAACAGCCAAGGACUGGAAAUUGUGGUAUGCUUUGUUUUUUAACAUCUGCGCCUCUGUCCCGCCAACCGCUUUUUCAGUAUUUCUGCCACUGGUGGUCAAGGGAAUGGGUUAUACGUCAUUGAAUGCUAAUUUGAUGACUGUCCCUCCCUACGUUUGUGGAGCGGUGGGGUUGUACAUUUUUGCGUUUAGCUCGGAUCGAUAUCAUGAAAGGGGUUAUCAUAUCGUAGUUGGACUGCUCAUAUGUCUCGUUGGGUUGGUUGUUCUCGUUACAGUGUCUAACAAUGGAGGGAAAUACACCGGAUUGUGCAUCUUACUCUUUGGAAGCUACACUUCUGCUCCUCUAAUCAUUGCUUGGCUUAGUGGAAACACCCCUGAACCAGGCAAACGCUCCCUUGUCAUCGGCGUCAAUGGGUGCGGAAACCUUGCAGGCGUCGUCGGCGCACAACUCUACCGAGCGGAAUACGCGCCCAAGUUUCUCGUGCCAUUCUUUGUGACCCUCUGCUUUGUCUUCGUCGCCAUGCUCGGUUUCCUCUCUUAUCGGUUUGUCUUGCGGGCUGUCAAUCAAGUCAAGGCGCGCAAGGUUCAGGGUUGGACGGACCAGCAAAUUGAAAACGAGCGAACGUCUUCUGAGCGCUAUGCGGAUAAGAAAUAUACCUUUGUAUACGGACUUUAG